AUGAAAUAAAGAGGCGCAGAAUUGGACUGCUUUGUGGUUUUAAUCUAAAAAAAAAUAAAUUCUGUCUUUCAGCAACAAAAGAACCUGGAUGGAUAUGUUGGCUUCGCAAGCCUGCCCAACCAAGUGUACAGGAAGUCUGUGAAGAGGGGCUUUGAGUUCACCCUGAUGGUCGUGGGUGAAUCCGGACUGGGCAAGUCGACUUUGAUUAACUCUCUGUUCCUAACAGACCUGUAUUCAGCAGAGUACCCUGGACCUUCGCACCGAAUCAAAAAGACUGUACAGGUGGAGCAAUCAAAAGUGUUAAUAAAGGAAGGCGGUGUCCAGCUGCUGCUCACGAUAGUCGACACCCCUGGGUUCGGAGAUGCGGUGGACAACAGCAACUGCUGGCAGCCCAUCAUCGACCACAUAGACAGCAAAUUCGAGGACUACCUGAACUCAGAAUCACGAGUGAACCGGCGACAGAUGCCUGACAGCCGAAUCCACUGCUGCCUUUAUUUCAUCGCCCCCUCGGGUCAUGGACUGAAGCCCUUGGACAUCGAGUUCAUGAAACGGUUGCAUGAGAAAGUCAAUGUCAUCCCGCUGAUCGCCAAAGCAGACACCCUCACCCCGGAGGAAUGCCAACAGUUCAAGAAGCAGAUCAUGCGAGAAAUUCAAGAACACAAAAUCAAGAUUUAUGAGUUUCCAGAGACGGAUGACGAAGAGGAGAACAGACUGGUGAAGAAGAUUAAAGACAAGCUGCCGUUGGCUGUGGUUGGAAGCAACACGAUCAUCGAGGUGAACAGCAAAAGGGUGAGAGGACGACAAUACCCCUGGGGGGUCGCAGAAGUUGAAAACAGCGACCACUGUGACUUCACCAUCCUCAGGGACAUGCUCAUCAGAACUCACAUGCAGGACCUGAAAGACGUGACAAACAAUGUCCACUAUGAAAACUACCGCAGCAGGAAGCUGGCCGCCGUCACCUACAACGGAGUGGACAACAACAAAGCUAAAGGACAACUAUCCACCAAACUUGACACAGUUGAAGGGAUGAGUCCUCUGGCCCAGAUGGAGGAGGAGCGGCGAGAGCAUGUGGCCAAAAUGAAGAAGAUGGAGAUGGAAAUGGAGCAGGUGUUUGAGAUGAAAGUCAAGGAAAAAGUGCAGAAGCUCAAAGACUCUGAAGCAGAGCUUCAGAGGCGUCACGAACAGAUGAAGAAGAACCUGGAGGCUCAGCAUAAGGAGCUGGAGGAGAAGAGGCGUGUCUUCGAGGAGGAGAGGGCUAACUGGGAGACCCAACAACGGCUGGAGCAGCAGAAACUAGAGGCCUCCAGGACUCUGGAGAAAAACAAAAAGAAAGGCAAGAUCUUCUAAAGACAAUUGGCAGGACCACCCCAACUCCAGUUCUUUUUGUUUGCCAAGGUCGCCGGUCAGAAAACCAGAGCGUGGAACUGACACCUCCCCGCCUUCAUCUCCCCUCCUCAUCCUUGCCGUUCCUUUUCUCCUGUGCUCCACCUGCUCCCAGCCACCAGAGGGCGCACUGAGAGCAGUUUUUUUUCUGUAAGAGGCAUAGGAGCUCUGUGAGUACAGCCAGAACUGCACCCACAGAGCCCCCCCACCUGCCUCAGGACUCCUCCUCCUCAUCAUCAUUAAGGAAUGUCUUUGCCUUAACAGACAAAAUAACCCAAUUUCUUUAAGGCCAAACCCUUAUUAUUUUAAAUAUUAUUGUUAUUACGAUGUUAUUAUAAUUGUUACAUAAUACUUCCCCGCUCCUACAUGCUGUUCUUCUUGUUUGUUUGUUUUUUCAACCCCAAGGUUGCUUUAAAUGAUCGUUUGUACAAAUAUAUGGAAAGCAAAGACUACAACAAACACCCCUGAGUCACAUUUGACUGUUGUACAAUCGGUUUCUGUCGGAUUAUGUUUGUUUACAACAAAAGAGCAGUGUUUGUAAAGGACCCUGAAACAGAAUGAACUAAAUAAUUACGUUUUGAUUUGGAAAUGUUGGAUAAACCUCCAAUCAGUGAAACAGGCUGUCACCAGAAAAGGCUGAGAUCAAGUAAAACAUUAAGAUGCACCUUUGGCCUUUUUAUAAACUUUUAAAAAAGUGGCAAAAGUUUGUUUAAUUUUGAAUUGUUACACAUUCUUUUUCCUUUGUGUUUAGCUUUUUCCUCUAGCCUUGGACCACCAUUUAUGUCAUUCAUAAGUGUUAUAUUUCACUUUAGUUUAUUUUUAUAUAUACCGAGCCAGCGGAAGUAAUACCUUCUUUUGUAUGUUUAGAGAAAACCCUCACAGACUGACAGCAGCGGCCUCUGUUGAACUCAAACAAAAGUUUUCUGGAGGCUUUUGUAAAAUCGGAAAUCUUUUGAGUCUUUCUGCAGAAACAGACCGGUGGAAAAUGAUGAGUCGACUCCACUUUUUGCUUUGGCUAUGUACUCCAUUUCUGUAUUUUUAAUUUUAUUUUUCAUUUGUAAUGUACAAUGUCACUUAAUAAACAUGUGAUGGUA